AUGGUGGACAUCUCUAACUCCAGCUUUUCCUUUCCAGUGUGUUCCAUGGGAAACAGCACCAGCCGGCUCUACAGCGCACUUGCCAAGACGCUGAGCAGCAGUGCCGUGUCCCAGCACCAGGACUGCCUGGAGCAGCCGGACUCGGCACAGCUGGACCCAAUAGACCCCAAGGAAUUGUUGGAGGAAUGCCAGAUCGUCCUGCAGAAACGGCCACCCCGGUUUCAGAGGGACUUUGUGGACCUGAAGAAAGAUGCUGCCAGUAACCACCGCCCCAUUCGGGUCAUGCAGUGGAACAUCCUUGCCCAAGCUCUUGGAGAAGGCAAAGACAACUUUGUCCAGUGUCCCAUAGAAGCUCUGAAAUGGGAAGAGAGGAAAUGCCUCAUCCUGGAGGAAAUCCUUGCGUACAAGCCUGACAUCUUGUGCCUGCAAGAGGUCGACCACUACUUUGACACCUUUGAGCCACUCCUCAGCCGACUGGGCUACCAGUGCACUUUCUUCCCGAAGCCGUGGUCCCCGUGCCUGGAUGUGGAGCAGAACAACGGGCCGGACGGCUGCGCCUUGUUCUUCCUCAAAGACCGCUUUGAGCUCGUCAACAGCGCUAACAUCCGGCUUACCGCCAUGAAGCUGAAAACCAACCAAGUGGCCAUCGCUCAGACGCUGAAGUGCAACGAGACUGGAAGACUGUUCUGCAUUGCCGUCACUCACCUGAAAGCCCGUACUGGCUGGGAGAGGUUUCGGUCUGCACAAGGCUGCGAUCUCCUCCAGAACCUGGAGAGUAUUACCCAAGGUGCGAAGAUCCCUCUGAUAAUUUGUGGAGACUUCAAUGCGGAGCCAAGCGAGGAGGUCUACAGAGAAUUUUCCAACUCCAGCCUCAACUUAAACAGCGCAUACAAACUGCUGAGCCCCGACGGGCAGUCUGAGCCCCCCUACACCACCUGGAAGAUCCGGCCAUCGGGAGAGUGCCGGCACACGCUGGAUUAUAUCUGGUAUUCCCAGCAUGCCCUGAAUGUGAACUCAGCCCUAGGCCUGCUGACUGAAGAGCAAAUUGGGCCCAACAGGCUGCCAUCAUUCAAUUACCCCUCUGAUCACCUCUCCCUGGUGUGUGACUUUAGUUUUAAUCAAGACCCUGACAGACUGCUGUGAUGUGCUGGAAUGCCACCUGGUAUUGCAGUGUCUUAACACACCAGUUUUAUCUUAGAGAAAACUUUUGAAGCUGGAAGCUAUUGAAGGAUGAGGAAAUAACUGUUGACAAAACAUUAUUUCAGGCACUUGUUUGGAGUUACCCUUGAUCUGGAGCCUCCAUGGGAGGAAGAAAGGAGUCGGUGUUCUUGUGGUGGUCUUGCCAUGUUGGGGUGUGAAAACUGGAAGGCAAAUGAGCUUUAUUGUUU